CAAAGUUCAAAAGAAGUUGAUAACUUCACAAAGGAAACUACUCACAAGGUUGCUGAAAACUCUUCGACUGCCCACGACCGGUUUCGCCCUUCUUGGGGCUCAUCAGGUAGGCGCAGUCCCCGAGUUUGCGUCAACCUCAUGUUCUACUUGAACUCAAAUUGCAAGAAGGGCGAAACCGGUCGUGGGCUGUCGAGGAGUUUUCAGCAACCUUACGUUAGGUGGCGCGGGCGCCUUGGUGUUUGUUCAAGCAAUGAGAGUGGCAGCCCGUGUGCUUCCAUAGCUCAGUGGAUAGAGCACUGGUCUAGUAAACCAGGGGUCGGGAGUUCGAUCCUCCCUGGAAGCAGCGCUUUUUGGCAGCAUUCCUCCUAG